AUGUAUCUCGAUACAUCUAUGGUAAGGGAAAAAAAAAAAAGAACAGAAAGAAAAUUUAUCUAAUUCAUUUCUUUCACAUAUUCUAGUCUAGUGUCAAACGAUCACAAACAAUCAUGACUUUCAAUACGUCUGAUAAUGCCAAUGUGAUGAUUAUGGCUGUGCAAAAAGCUGCUUAUGGAAUUGAUCUAUCAUCUGCAUCACGUGUGUACUUCGUUAGUCCAGUUUGGCAAGCUGCUAUGGAACAACAAGCUAUUAAACGUGCUCAUCGUAUUGGACAAACAAAGCCAGUUUAUGUAGAAACCUUGGUCAUUCGAAAUUCUAUUGAAGAUGCAUUAUUAAAACGAAGAAAUGUGAUUGCAGCUGCUCAUCAAGAUCAAUCAAAAACUGACUUUUACAGCGACAAAAGAUUACAAAAUAUAUUGAAUCAUGCCAAUAUUGUUCCUAGGCCAGAUCAUAUACAACUCUCAAGUGACGGAAUAUCAUUUCAUCAACCUAUGUCUUUUUUGAAUAAACCAAUCUGGCUUACACCUCCUGUACCAACACCUCCCUCAAGUCCAAUAUCUACUACAAAAACAAAAUCUUCACCAAAUCUAUAUGCUGUAUCAAAACUAAAGGAAGAAAUGGAUUUAGAUGUUACCUCUGGCACUGAUUCACCAAGAAAACGUCAAAAAGUAGUUAGUUUUACUCUAUCUUAAUCUUUUUUAGUUUAAUUAUCAUUAUUCUAUAAGAGAAAUAAAAAAAAUAUGUCAUAUCUAUCUAAAAACG